AUGUUGAAAAAAGCUCACAUCUUCUUCUUCUUCCUGUUUUCUGUUGCUGUGUCUUUCCAUGCAGCAAAUGCACUGAAAAAUGCAGGCGGUGGCGGUGGUUCUCCGGCUGGGUCUCUGGUGAAUAUAAAUCAACGGCGGUCGCUGGUUUCAACUGAGUAUGGAGAGGUCUGGUCCGUUGAUGUGAAUGAUGGACACAGGAGGCCUUACCAUAUCCAGUUCAUCACUUUGGAACCGGACUCACUCUUCCUUCCGGUGCUUCUCCAUGCAGACAUGGUUUUCUAUGUCAAUACAGGGAGUGGGAGGUUGAGUUGGACUGAUGAUGAUGAAAUUAGAAGGGUGGAUAUAAAGAGAGGUGAUCUCUAUAGACUCGACCCAGGCACUGUUUUCUUUGUACAAAGUAACUUAGAGACUGGGAGCCCGAAGCUAAGAAUUAAUGCAAUCUUUGCAAGCAACUCUGAUGAUGACUUAUAUGAUCCAGCAGUAGGGGCAUACUCCAGCAUUAGGGACAUAGUCCGAGGGUUUAAUCCAAAAUUGCUUCGGUCAGCUUUCAAGGUCUCAGAGGAAGUGAUAGAAUCAAUAGUAAAUGGAACAGACCAAUCUGCCAUUGUGCAUGCAAUUCCAACAAAGAAAGAAACUUUCUGGGAUUUGGAGGCUCGAUUCCUGAAAACGUUUCUACUAGGCAAUGAUGGCAUUGCAUUCAACAGUAAGAAGAAGACAACAACGUAUAAUAUUUUCGACGAGGAACCAGAUUUCGAGAAUUGCAACGGUUGGAGCCUAACUGUGAACAAAAAAACCUCCAACUUGUUGAAGGGAUCAAACAUUGGUCUUUUCAUGGUGAAUUUGACAAAGGGGUCAAUGAUGGGACCUCAUUGGAAUCCAAGGGCAACUGAGAUAGCAAUAGUACUACAAGGGCAAGGGAUGGUUAGGGUGGUUUGUUCAAGCACCGCAGUGAAGAAAUCGGAAUGCAGAAACAUGCGGUUUAGGGUUCAUGAAGGAGAUGUGUUUGCUGUGCCUAGGUUCCAUCCAAUGGCUCAGAUGUCAUUUAAUAACAACUCUCUUGUGUUCAUGGGGUUCAGCACGACAGAAAAGAAAAACAAUCCUCAGUUUUUGGCUGGAAAAUACUCGGUUCUGCAGACUUUGGACAAACAGGUCUUGGCAGCAUCGUUUAAUGUUACCAACACAACGAUUGAUCAACUUUUGUCUGUGCAGCCCGAGUCGUUUAUAAUAGAUUGUACUUCUUGUGCUGAAGAAGAGGAGAAAGUGAUGUUGGAAGAGAUUAAAAAGGAGAGGGAGGAAGAGGACGCUAAGAAGAGGGUGGAAGAGGAGGCUCGAAAGAGGGAGCAGGAGGAACAAGUGAGAAAGAGGGAGGACGAGGAAGCUAAGAAGAGGGAGGAAGAGGAGAGAGAGACACAAGAGGAAGAGAGAAAGAGGGAGGAGGAGGAAGCAAGGAAACGAGAAGAAGAGGAAGCCACAAGAGAGAGAGAAGAGCAAGCAGCGAGGGAGAGAGAGGAGCAAGCCGCAAGGGAGCGAGAAGUGCAAGCCGCAAAACAGCAAGAAGAGCAAGCCGCAAAGGAACAAGAAGAGCAAGAGGCGGCAAGGGAGAGAGAAGAACGAGAAGCGGCAAGGGAGCGAGAAGAGGAGGGUAGACAACAAGAAAAUGAGGGCAGGCAAGGAGAUGAUGAAAGAAGACAACAGGAUAAAAGAGAGAGGGAGAGGAGGCAACAAGAGGAGUGGAAAAGAUGAGAGGAAGACGGGCGGAGGGAGCGGGAAGAGGCUCAGAGACAACAAGAAGAAAGGCAAGGAAGAGGAGAACAAACAGAGGAGAAAGAGGGAGGAGGCGGAGGCUUCGACGUGGAGGAGGGAAGGAGAUAUCUGAGCGUCUUGAAGAUUUAACUGAGAUCUAGUUUCUCCAGUUAGCUCGGCUGUUCUGUCUCUUGAGUUUUGGUCUGCUGCAUGUUUUGUUCAUAGAAUAAUGUCUUGUGCUGGCUUUUAUGUUUGAAGUUUUGCUAUGUUUUUAUGUAAUAAACUUCCAUGGCCUAAAUCCAAAACAAAUUUUGCUGCAAAUUACAGAAGAAAAACGAAGAUAAGUUAUUAACUUGUUUAUAAGAAACACAACUUGUUUAAAUUGUAUACGUUGAAUCACCCACAGAUGUCAAUGCAGACAGAUUGGUUAGAACGGAUGUGAUCCCUCUCUGCAGAGUACCCUCUUAAAGUAGAAUAUCGUUCUUUCAAAAUGUAAAAUUGAAUCACACUUUAAGAUUUCAAAAAUGGUACUGUUUUUACGUGAAAAGUGGCUCAGACUUGAAGUCAAGAAUUGAGGGGAAGAACGUGCAUUUUGUUUGACAUUAGUGAAAAUCAUAUCUCAAAUAGCGCUAGAUAAAAACCAAUGGGAUUACAGCACUCUCUGGGUUUCAUGGAAAAACAGAGUAAUGAGCUUCUAAGCUCCACCAGCCACCUUACCCCAAAAAAAAAAAAGAUUUACAACCGAAAUGGGUUCUCUACACCCGAUCACAAGACUCACUCACACCUUAGUAGAGCCAGUUAUAUAUGACAUAACAACGGUAAUGCCAUCAAGCUUGCCUCCAUAAUAACGGAAACCAGCAUCUUGAGCAGCCUGUUGAAAUGGUGACUGCCUGUUCUUAUCCAGUGCUUGCUGGCAUGCCAGAACUGCUAUCUUCUGAGCAGUUACCUGUGGUACCAAGCCAGCUCUUGCCGUCAUAUACUAGAAACUUCAAUCAUGCAUCCUGUCCAAGUUCGUAUCACUAGAGCUGGGCAUCUGCAGCCUAUUUUCUUUAUCUCUAUCACACUCCGAUGCAUGUAUAGAGUACCACUGAUAUAUAAGUAAAGCUUGCAAU